GUGCAAAGGCCAUCGUUCGGCCCUCCCCGGCCACCUGCAGACCCAUACGCCGGUCGCACGCCAUCACAACAACCUCGAGCCCAGGUCCUGCGCUGCCCCGCUGCCGCCGCUGGCCCUGCGAAGGCACAACGCGGCCUCAGACACAGAGGCGCUGUUGAGCCCCGCGCCGUCGCCGCGAGCAAAGCGAGGCGCUAUGACCACCCGCGGCAGCUUGAUACAAACGUCCGUCCCCAACCUCACGUCCGCUUCCACUGUAAGUGGAGCGAACUUCACGCUCACGAAGCCGAAGGGCAAAUAUGAACAAAGUAAGAAGUACUUUGGGCCUCUGCAAGCCGCCGUACCCAGACCAACAGGAAAAACAGCAGUAAUCUACGAGAAGGGAGGCUGUGAUUUCCGGUUCUGCAACCUGUCCUGUUUGGGCCCGCAGAAGGUGAGCUGGCCGCACAUGAAAAGCGGCGGCAACGCCACGUUCGCCCAGUUCGACCGGUUCAAAUUGGAGCCCUCUCGAAGCCCGGGCCCCAAGUACUGGCUCCCCGGCGCGACGGGCAAGCAGGUGAAUUCUACCAAACCGACGCGGCCCAUCGUGGGCUUCGGGACGGGCACGCGCGACGGUGCCCUCAAACAGUACGGGGUGUGGUCGGCAUAAAGG